AUGACUAAGAUCAGCGCACAAAAGGGCCCGUUUGAGUCCAAGACCCAGGCACCAACCGACCGUGAUCACCUAUUUGCCCACGAGCAUCCGAGCGCGGAUCGGUCAGGUAUGAGAAACAUUCGAUGCGAAGAGAAGCAGAUGGACUUGGCGCGCAACAACAUCGUGAUUGAUCUUGAGCUUCCAGGAGACUCAGCGAGCCGUGAGACCAGACCAUUUCGGGCAUUGGAGGAAGUGCUCCUAUCGAGCUUACACGCCAGCCAUCCCCUAUACAAUCCCGCAGAAACGCGCUGA